CCUUUGGUCUUCAUAGUUCCACUUCCUUCCUUCUUCUCCAGCUAUCUUAUUCGCCUUCAAACUUCAUCCUCUAUAUUAUCUGAGAGAAUUUUUUGUUCCAAACUUCAAUUUUGCAUCAUUAUUGCAUAAAUAUUUCGAAACUUAAUUCAAUUUUUCUUGUUAUUUGCUAAAAAAUAUUAUUGUUCCAUGAUCAAAUCCGAGGAUUCGGAGGUUAGAUUUCAGACGUUUUCAGAUGCAGGGUUGGACUGAGGUUAGAAAGAUCUUAUUGAUGGCAAAGGCAGGGUCAGCUUGGUCAUGAAAUCAGGUGGGGGAACCCAAAAAGGGCUCUAGGAUAUGGAGAAGGAAGCUAAAGGAAAGAUAUCCGCUGGUGUCUUCGUAUUAUAUUUCUGUGUAAAUUUUUGUUGUCUAUAUCAGGAGUCUAAAACUGUCCCGUGAAUCUCUAAUCUCUUUUUACACCAGAAACACUAUUUUUCAGUCUUGCCUCAAACAUUUCUCUUUCAACUAUUUCAGAUACUAAGCUGAAGUGAACACAACAUCCAUUAUGGUGGAAUGACUUCACGUACAUAAGUUCCUAUGCAUUGAGGAUGAAGGGAGGUUUAAAGGUUCCACUGAUCUCUCUCAUCCUUAUUGGAUUUGUCUGCGCCAGUGUUAUUAUUUUGGCAUACGUGAAAAGCCCUUUUCUCUCUUAUUGGACACCAUCUCAAGAUCAUGUCUUCCAGAUUUCUCCAGAUUAUAAAAUGAAAGAUGAAGAAGUUUUAAGAGAAAGAAAUAGAUCAGGGAAAUCAAAAGAAAACAUGAACUUUGAAUCCGCCAUUUCAAACUCUUCUACAAAGGAUAAGUUGACUGAAGAACCGAUAACUAAUACUGAGAUUGAAGAAAGUGCAGGUCUUCCUCCCAGCUUUACCCUAAAAGGAGGAGACUUAAAAGCUUUGGAAGAAAAAAAUAGUUCAAGAGAACAGAAAAACAAAGUCGCUGCUCCACUGAAUUCUUCAGGCGUCGCUAUAGAAAAUAUGACAUCUGUCUCAAAAGAUCUAGGUUGUAAUUCUGCUAAAGGUAGAUGGGUCACAGAUGAUAGUCGGCCUUUAUAUUCUGGAUUUGGCUGCAAGCGGUGGUUGUCAGCCAUGUGGGCUUGCCGCUUGACACAGCGUACGGAUUUUGAAUACGAGAAACUACGUUGGAGACCAAGGGAUUGCGAGAUGGAAGAGUUUACAGGUGUCAAAUUCCUGAAAAGGAUGGAGAACAAAACUCUGGCCUUCAUUGGGGAUUCCCUUGGCAGACAACAAUUCCAGUCGCUUAUGUGUAUGAUUACUGGUGGUGAAGACAGACCUGAUGUUCUCGACGUGGGACGUGAAUAUGGUCUUGUAAAGGCUCGUCAUGCUGUACGACCUGAUGGAUGGGCUUAUCGAUUUCCGAGAGCCCAAACAACUAUUCUAUACUAUUGGUCUGCUAGUCUGUGUAACUUGACACCCAUCAAUGCUUCUAACCCUGCUACUGAUUAUGCCAUGCACCUGGAUCGUCCGCCUGCAUUUUUAAGUCGUUUCCUACCCAGAUUUGAUGUCCUUGUGCUAAACACAGGACACCACUGGAAUAGAGGAAAGCUUAACGCCAACCGGUGGGUCAUGUAUGUAGAUGGUGUUCCAAACACGAACAAGAAAAUGGCAGAUAUUAAUGGUGCCAAGAAUUUCACAGUUCACAGUAUCAUUAAAUGGGUAGAUUCACAGCUGCCAAAAUACCCUGGUCUUAAAGCAUUUUACCGGUCUAUAUCGCCCAGACAUUUUUUUAAUGGAGAUUGGAACACUGGAGGCACCUGUGAUAAUACCACUCCACUUUCUGGUGGAAAGGAGGUUCUACAAGAUGAAUCUAGUGAUGCUGGUGCAGCAGGGGCGGUAAAAGGAACAGCUGUCAAGCUUUUGGACAUCACAGCGUUGUCUCAGUUGAGAGAUGAGGGUCAUAUAUCUCGAUUCAGCAUCAAAUCAACACCGGGAGUGCAGGAUUGCUUGCAUUGGUGCUUGCCUGGUGUUCCAGAUACAUGGAAUGAAAUUCUUUUUGCUCAACUUUAAUAUUGCAAGACCGGCAAGGAACACUGCUUUAAAAUUGAUCUCCUAAACACAGCUUCAACAUGGAUUGAAUAAAUGUCUGGAAGAUUUUGCCUAUUGGAGCUUGACAACUUGGAUUCAGCUUUGAUUUAUGGGGAAUGCUGAACACGCAGUUGCUUGUGCCUAUCCACCAUAUUUUAGGAGUAGAUGACUUAAACAUUAUUCUUGGAAUUUAUAGAUUGGCAAUUAUAAACUGUUCUGCCAUUUGUUAGUGACUAGAUUCUUUGAGGGGUUGGGGUAUGGAAAAGGCUUGACCCUUGACAUGUACGGUGAAAAUUCAAAGUGAGUUUGUAAGACGUGAGACUCGAGUGUACUUGGAAUGGAAGAACGACGCAAGGUGAUUUUUCUAGUGAUCAAAUGAUGCUUAAAUAUGUACAUUUGCUUAAAUAUAUUCCUUCCCCUCA